GCGGACACUCGCGCCCACCUCGCUCGCUCGCUCCACCGGGACAAACUACAAAGUCAAGUAGUCAACCACAAUGGCAACUCCGGCAGCCACCUCUUUGGCCCUCACCGUCGUCCUCCUCCUGGUGGCCUUCACGGCAGGCGCCGGCGCAGCCACCUUCAGCAUCACCAACCGGUGCCCCUUCCCAGUGUGCGCGGCCGCGAUGCCGGUGAGCGGCGGCGGCGGCGCGCAGCUGGCGCCCGGCGAGACGUGGACCCUGACGUUCGCGGCCGGCGGGACGGGUGGCAGGAUCUGGCCGCGCACGGGCUGCGCCUUCGACCCCGCCACGGGCCGCGGGGGCUGCCAGACCGGCGACUGCGGCGGCGCCCUGCGCUGCGUGCUCUCGGGCAAGCCCCCCGCGACGCUGGCCGAGUUCAACCUCGCGAACGGCGGCGCCCCGGGCAGGUACGGCAUAUCGGUCGUCGACCGCUUCACCCUGCCCAUGGACUUCUCCUGCAGCGGAGCUGGGGACGGCGGCGUGAUCCGGUGCAGGGACCCCGGCUGCCCCGACGGAAACCACCGCCCCGGCGAGGGCAAGUACCGCGCCUGCCCGGCCUACAGCGACUACCAGGUCGUCUUCUGCCCAUGAUCGAGCUCCCACUCCCACGGAUCUCUGCGUCCGUGCAUGGGCAUGGGAUGCACCACGAGCUCUUACCUCGUAGCCAACUGAUCGUCGUUGUCACGUACUUAGUACGUAUGGUUGUAACCAUGGGAGAAUAAACUGAUGAACAGAAAGGUUGUGUUGGAGUAUCAGCAUGAGUGUUCUUGUGUUUGUUUGGCGUCUUGGAGCUCAUGUUCCU